UCUGGGGGCGGCGUGGAGGGGAGGAGAGGAGCGAGCAGGAGCACGGCUAAGGAGCAGAACCAGCGGAGCUUCCCACCGGAACCACCCGUUGAUCCAUGAAAAGUUACUGCUUGUCAAGUUUGACCUGAGAACCAACAAGCCGCGCGCGCGCAGCGUGAGAGCCCCGCGCGCUGUCAGCCAGGGACGGAGCGAAACUGGACGUUGCUGGAGGACACAGACCAACCUGCACAGAACCUGGGAGUGGCGAUGGUCCACUGGACCACAGUGUGGGGGACAUGCAUCUGGCUCCAGAGUCUGCUGGCCUUCGCCUCGGCCAACUGUCCCUCACAGAACCCCAACCCGGUCAACUUCUCCGUAAUUUACACCAUGCCAUUUUUUCAGGCCCAGGGACCCAUCCAGAACAUAGUCAACAACUCAUUUUACCAGGAAGUGUACGUGGCUUCGCAGAACGUUAUCGAAGCCGUCAACAGGAGUUUGGAAAAGGCAUGGGAGCUCCGCACUGGGCCAGUUGGAAGUCCAGAGUGUCAGAUAUGUGAUUUAUGUGAUACCGAAAAGGAUUACCACUUUCUGGAGGACACAGACAACCAGGUGUUGGUGUUGGACACUCUUUUUAUGUAUUUAUAUUCCUGUGGAAGCUCUCAGUAUGGUGUUUGCUAUUUCCACGAGCUGAACCCAAAUGGAGGACCACCUUCUCGCUCUAAGUGUUUGUUCAGAAAGAGCGCAAACUCUGCCGCUUAUUGUCCAGACUGUGUGGCGAGCCUUCUCGGUACCAAAGUGUCGAUGGUAGAGGAGGGUCAGACUGUCUACUUUUUUGUUGCUGCCUCCGUAAAUGAAAGCGUUACCCAGCGCUACGGAAGGAAGUCAAUAUCAGUCCGGAGACCCCUGGCCACUGAGGAUGGCUUCUACAGUGAUGUGCGAGGCCUUACUGUUCUGCCCAGCCUUCGGAGGACAUACCACAUCGACUAUGUCUACAGCUUCUUUACUCAGGAGUUUGUCUACUUCCUCUCUGUCCAAAGAGAGAGCCCAGAUCAGGACUCUUCGCCAUUUCAGACUCGCCUGGGACGUCUCCCACGGAGCGAGUGGGAGGUGAAGAGGUAUCGGGAAUUGAUCCUGGAGUGUCGCUUUGAACCCAAACGCCGGAGGAGGAACGUUCGCAGCGAACCCUACAAGGACGUUGUGUACAAUGUGGUCCAGGCGGCUUACUUUGGCAAGGCCGGCAGGGAGCUGGCAGAGGAGUUAGGGGCGGAAGAGGAGGACGACAUCCUCUAUGGGGUGUUUGCUGUUACCGACGACAGUGGGGUCACAGAGAAUGACUCGGCUCUCUGCGCCUUUCCUAUGGACAAUGUGAACAAGGCGAUUGUUGACGGGGUUGAUGAUUGCUGUCAGUCUGGACCAGAGCAGCUGUCCAGGGGGCUUUGCCACUUCCAGCCGUGUGAAAGCUGUCCACAUGAGAGCAUGGAGAACAAUGCGACGUGCAAAGACCAUCCUACCAUGGUGUCAAAGCCCUACUACAGAGUGGACCUCUUCAACAGGCAGAUGACAAACGUCCUGCUCACCUCUCUCCUCGUGACAACUAUAGAGAACAAAACGGUUGCUCACAUUGGCACCUCCACGGGACGUCUACUUCAGCUUGUGUUGACAAGAUCAAGCCCAGUAAUCUUUGCCAAUUACUCCUUGGUAGAGAAUCAGAGGGUGUCUUCUAUUGCUGCUGUGUACUCUUCAGAGUAUCUACUUUUUGUAGUUGGAGACAAGAUGAUUCAGGUGCCCCAGAGAGGGCCGGGUUGUCAGCACUUCAUGACCUGCGCUAUUUGCCUGACUGCCCCAAAGUUCAUGGGCUGUGGUUGGUGCUCUGGAGUGUGUUCCUGGGAGAGUGAGUGUCAAAGCCGCUGGAGAAAUGAAUCCUGUCCGCCUGGGAUCAGUGGGUUUUUUCCACGGACUGCUCCCCCUGAUGGACAAACAGAGCUAACAGUGUGCGGCUGGGAGUUCCAGUCACCCUUAAGACCUGCUAUCACCUCCAGAACCCACCAGGUCCGACUUGGACAGACUGCCUGCAGUGUGAUUGCACUCAAAAGCAACAGCACACAUUUAGUGUGUAAAAUUCGAUCUGGGGCUACCAAGCUCUUUGAGCCAGUCAACAUUACAGUGGAAGUGCAUGAGGGCAGGUUGGAGGGCCGCUACUCUAUUGAUGGGAAGGCUCAAAUGUCAGGGUUCACAUUUGUGGUUCCCAACAUCACAGAUAUACAGCCCAACUAUGGCCCUCGUGUCGGAGGAACGCUCAUCACAGUGACUGGGUUCCACUUGGAUGCUGGGAAGAACAGAAGAGUCACUCUGAAUGAUGUACCUUGCCCUAUAAAAAGAUCAAAAUCUAUAGCCGACAUUUCAUCCAUCAUCUGCUUGUCCCAGCCCAUCUCGGAGGUGAGGGAUGUCCCACUGAGUGUUUUCAUCGACAAAUCUCCGGUCCACACCACAAAGGUGUUUUACUACAAAGAAAAUCCAAAGAUCACAGGCGUACUGCCCGACUGCAGCUUUCACAGAGGUUCAAAGAUUCUCAUUGAAGGGGAGAACCUUGACUCAGUUUACCGCACCGUAAUUCGCUUUAAACCCAAUGAGAGCCACCUAAAAGCAGUAACAAGGGAGUGCAUUGGUAAGUCCCUGCCAACACAGAUGGAGUGCAUCACCCCGGUGUUCCAAAGAGAUGAGAGUGAGGAGGGACUGCUGUCUUUUGACAUGGACGGAGCCCUGGGCCUUUGGAAUAAAGAGUUCUCCUAUCACCCCUAUGGAGAACCUAUUCCUUUUGAAACAGAAGGACAUGUGCUCAGCUUGUAUCCUGGUUUUGAUGAAGUUUCCCUCCAUCAUAAAAAGCUCAACCUGGUGAGCUCCUGCAUGACCAUCGUCAUGACGGUCGCAGAUGUCGAUUGUGAUGCCAAAGUCCUGGAUAAUGAGAUAACCUGCCGGAUCCCAAAAAACAUCUCCAUUCCCAGUGAGGGACUGCCAGUGAAGAUCUCCAUCAACGGGCAGGUUCAUCAUGUUGGCACAGUGGUGAGGGUCAACAACCACUACAUGGUGGGAAUAGUUCUGGGGAUCCUGACGGCUCUUGUGGCUGGGGCGGUGCUGGCCUUUGUUGUGAUGAAACAUUUGAGAAAGAAAAAGAAAGCCUCAUUGAUAGAAGCCCGUUUGACCCACAGUGCCACCCACUCAGCAGCAAACACUAUGGAGUUGUCUCCCAUUGGAGACUACAGAAGAGUUGUAUCCCUGAGUCCCCCCACCCCUUUGGUUGGGCCUGUGGUUUUUCAGGGACUGGCCUACUCUGCAUGCAACAGAGAUCCAACUCUCACCCCACUCAUGCAAACAGAAAAAAUCUCUAUAUCCAGUUUUACACCAGAGCUGCUGGAAGAGGUGAAAGAUGUUCUCAUUCCUGCUGAGAUGCUUAUAGUGCAGCACCAUCGGAUCAUUGGGAAGGGCCAUUUUGGAACUGUCUAUCAUGGUUACUUAACAGACUCCAACAACAGAGAAAUCCACUGUGCUGUCAAGUCUUUGAACAGAAUCACAGAUGUCGAAGAAGUGGAGCAGUUUCUGAAGGAAGGUAUCAUUAUGAAGGGAUUCCACCACACCAAUGUGCUAUCUUUGCUGGGCAUCUUCCUGCCGCAUGAAGGACUCCCUCUAGUGGUGCUUCCGUAUAUGAAACACGGAGACCUACGGCAUUUCAUACGCUGCGAGAAGAGGAACCCGACCGUAAAAGAUCUCAUUGGCUUCGGGCUGCAGGUUGCCAAAGGGAUGGAGUAUUUGGCCACGAAGAAGUUUGUGCACAGAGAUCUUGCUGCGCGCAAUUGCAUGUUGGAUGAGUCAUAUACAGUGAAGGUGGCAGACUUUGGCAUGGCCAGAGAUGUCUUUGAUAAGGAAUAUUACAGUGUUCAGGACCACAGGAAAGCUAAACUGCCUGUCAAGUGGAUGGCCAUUGAGAGUUUGCAGACACAGAAAUUCACCACUAAAUCAGAUGUGUGGUCCUUUGGUGUUCUGAUGUGGGAAAUGCUGACCAGAGGAGCGAGCCCCUACCCAGAGGUGGACCCUUAUGACAUAACACAUUACUUACUGAAAGGCAGAAGGCUUCCCCAGCCACAGUACUGCCCCGACUCGCUAUAUCGCAUUAUGCUCCAGUGCUGGGACCCCGAUCCAGAGCUGAGGCCCAGCUUUGCUACUCUGGUUUUAGCUGUAUCCACAAUCCUGUCAAGCCUGGAAGGAGAGCAUUACAUCAGUUUGAACGUCACCUACGUGAACCUGGACCAGCCCAGGCCCUACCCCGCUCUCACAGACUCCCCUGAUGAAUAUGACUCUACAGACGUUGAAGACUCAGGCUCAGACUCAGCCUCUUCCUGAUGCAAAUGGAGCACCCUGCUAGCAGCAGGAGCAUAAAAACUCUCUUUAGUCACACUAGUGGGUUUAUGUCAAAGCAGGUAAAACAAAGCUGCUUCCCUACCAUCCGAGGACAUGAAUGUGAUAGUACCAUACAUGCACCUGCCAUAUCAGACUCUGCAGUUUACCUUAACUAAAUCCAAAGCAAAUUCAGUUUCAUAGUAAAAUGUAGGAACAUCGGUCACUUCUUAAAACUGCCUUUUUGGGUAAAAUAUCAUCAUGUGUGCAUUUGUCAUACAACAGCAUCUCAAUAAGUUAGAAUGUUAUCAAAAAACAAAAUUAUUGCAGUAAUUUUACACAAAUAUUGAAACUCGGAUUUAUUACACUUCUCAGUAUAUAUUUCAAACUGUAAUUUAUCUUAAUUCCUCUGAAUUUGGCUUACAACCAGUGAAAACAGAAAACACAGUUUCUCCCCAAAUAAAUACUGCAUAAGAAUGAUUGAAAAAUAUAUUUCUACUAGAGAAAAAUCAGUAAACGGACAAGCAUUUGCACUGAAUACUUAGUUGGGACUCUUUUGCAUGAAUCACUGCACCAAUUCUGCGUGGUAUGCGGUGAUCAGCCUGUGGCUCUGCUGAGGAGUUAAGGAAGCCCAAGCUGCCUUAAUACUGGCCUUCAGCGGCAGCGUUUUAUACCACACAUCCUUCUGCUAAAUUCUCCAUUAAUCAGCUUGGACACAGUUCACUGUGAACAGCCAGUUCCUGACCUUCUGCUGCUUACUCUGCUUGUAGUCAGUGACUGUCUGCUGGACAACUGUCAAGCUAGUGUGUCACCUUGAUUUUCUAGACCAGGGGUCACCAACAUGGUGCACCGUGGUGGUGACCCCUGGUCUAGGGCAUAACAUAACAUUUCUCUAAAGUGUACGUAACUAUUUUUUGUUUUGGUCAACAUUGUAAUUUUGUGAGAAACCAAAUUUUGUUAUUUUGAUUAGCUGUAAUCCGGGGGACAGCUUUAGCCGGGGACAAGUUGUCCAAAGCGGUUCAACCCUGUCUUAACAGCCCAUUCCAGCCUCUCCUCAAAUUUUGGAAAUAGUCUCUAAUAGUAUCUGUGGGGGUAAAUGAUGAAUGAUGGAGAUAUGUAAUUUUAGCUGGUUGCAGCACCUCAUAUUGAUAUGUGCCCACUGUAGGCUUGAAUCCAGUGAUGACAUAGUUGUCUUUUUUUUUUUUUUUUUUUUUACUUUUUGAGGGAAAUGCCAACCCCAACCAUCACACUACCUCCACCAAAAACUGUUUGGUAUUGGCAGAAAAGAUCUAAGGGGAAAAAAAUAGUCUUUCCAUCGUUACAACAUAUAAUCAACUGAAACAAAUGUUCUUACUGUGUGUACUAUGUUUGUUACAUGCUUGCUAGAUAGGCAGCUUGCUUUGAAUUAAUAUUGUUAAAAACCAAUAUAGUAAUAAUACAGUACAUUUAUAACAGAUUACAGUAUGCAGUGUUAAUAUUUCAACAGAGGAAAAAUAUUUGGAUAUGCCUACAAUUUUCUUAGCACAUUCAUGGGUUUUAGCAGUGCACUAAAAUCCGACUGGAGCUAACUUAGCAAGCUAUAGGUUAGCUUGAUGAUGUGUGUGUGUGUGUGUUUUUUUUUUAAGAUUAGCUACAUUUAACCAUGUUUUUUGAGCAAACUAGUUCAAAUAAAAGCUCUCUCGAGAGCUAAACAAGUAGAAUGAAUACAUUUUUAGCUCUGUUUUAUUCCUUGUUUUCCUGUUAUUCACCUGUACUGUGGUGACAUAGGACAAGAAAAUAUUGCUACUUAAUGCUGCGUGUGUGUAGUGUCCUUUUACAAUACGUCUUACAUUUUCUCUUGAUUUUUCAGUGUAAGCAAAAGAUGACCGAUAAGUCUGCUUAUAUUUCUGUCUUUGAAGUAGUACAAUAAAAUAUUUAUUUGUUUAUAGA